AUGGUGGUGGUGCUUCUAUAUGUGGAUGACAUAAUCUUGACGACUAUUAACUAUGAUGAGGUUGCUCGGCUACUAAAUGAGCUCUCGCUUCGUUUUGAGAUGAAGAAGUUUGAUGAACUUAGAACUUUCUUUGGUUUACAAAUCAAAUAUUUCGAGAAAGAUCCUCGUCCGUAUCGUGCUCUUGUGGAAAGUCUGAUUUAUCUGACUAUAACAAGGCCUGACAUUGGUUAUGGAGUUGGAGUGUUAAGUCGAUACAUUCAUGAGCCAAGGAAACCACAUCUCGAGAAAGCGAAGAAAAUUCUGAAAUAUAUUAACACAUCACUAGAUAUAUGUCUACUCUAUGAGAAAGAUGCAAAAUGUGUAUUGCAAGGAUUUGCGGAUGCUGACUUUGUUGAAGAUCAAGACGAUCGAAGGUCCAUGUCUGGGUUUGUUUUUCUGUGUGGAAACACUAACAUAUCUUGGAGUAGCAGGAAGCAUGGAUCUAUAUCCUUAUCUACGACAGAAGUAUAA